GCGGAUAAGCUCAAACUCGUACUGCUCCUGCUCUGCUCGUGUUCUCUCCGUAUUGAGCUCACACAAGGAGGGAAGGGAACUCCACCGAUCUGAAGCUGCUGCCGUUUCGACCAUGGCUGCACCUGCACGAGCGCUGACCGCUGCCAGAGCCAGACCAGGCCCACGCCUCUUCUUGCCUCCUCCAGGAGCGGGGCCAAGAAGAACCACUCCUCGGCGAUGACCGGGGCGCAGGUGGAGGCCGCGCUGAACCGCAAGAACGUCGAGGUGCUCCAGGGCGAGGAGGAGGAGCACCUCGCCACGGUGCUGCCGGACGACACCAUCGGCGAGGGCGCGCUGGACCUGGACGGCGGCGAGGACGCGUCGUGGGUGCCUGACCAGGGCACGGGCGUCUUCGUCCCCGCCGAUGCCAAUGCUGACGCUGACGACCACUGCGGCGGCGCUCAUCCCGCCACACCGCACCUGUACGGAGGCGCCACUCCGGGUGGGUCGACGGCGUCGGUGCUGGACCAGGCGGUGUUCGUGCGGGAGGAGGAGAUGGAGGACGUGGAGAGGCCCGCCAUGGACCUCACCGAUGCCAACGGCGGCAGCAACAACUAGGAUUACCUGGUGCAUCGAUCAGAGGCAGAGUGCAUGUACUAGUAGAGUUUCAGUAAGCUAGCAAAGUGUGUCUCUGUCAGACUCCGUGGUAGAAUCAAUAGUUAGAAUAAAUGCCAUGGACGCAUCUCG